AAAUCAACAUGUCAACAUCAUUCAUCGAAUCAAACGGCUACAAUAACUCAGUUUACACUCAAAUGUCAGACGAAUCCUUCAUUAAAAUGGACCAAGAGCUUAAAGAUGAAAUUGAAUUUAAUAAUCUGCUUGGCUCUCAAGAGGUUCCUGAACUCAACGACACACUUGACGAGAUCAAUUUCAUCCUUGAGCUUGGAAAUAAAUUAAAUCUUGAAGGUAAAUUAGGAACACCCGAUUGUAAGCGUCAAGUCAAUGCAAGCUGCUCUACUAAUGGAAUCACCAAUUCAUUCAUAACUGUUAAACCUUCUAAAAGUUUAGAAGAAACUACACAAUAUUUAAAUAAUACUCAAGGCAUGUCUGGAGUCUCUUACCUCAUUAACGAAUCUGAAAUUUUGGAGCUUCAGAAAUUUAAGAAAUCUCCAAAAGGAUUUAACGACACAACCAAAUUCGAAGAUAACUCAGAAACUGCUUACUUUUCACAAAUGUCUGAGGAUUUCCAGAAAGACAGCAUUAGCGAUACAGUCCUUAUUGAAGAUAGCUUCAGACUGCUAGAUGACACUCAACAGACUUCAAAUGAUAUAUAUUUUAAUAGCUUUUUGUCUGAACAUGGAUCCGAAGGUGAACAAAGUGAAGAUGACAACUAUAUUGAGGAGUCUGAACAGCAUGAAUCAACAGUGGAUUCAAGUGACAUAUCUGAAAUUGACUUGACUGACGAUUCAAUCAUUGAGAUUUUGGACGAAUCCAAUUAG